CCCACACAACUAUCUCCCAUAAGCUCGAUUCCAGGCAUUUAACCAUCCAUGUCCGAACUAUUAAAUAUCGGUUCGCAGUCGAGAAAGACUGGUCUCAGGGCCAAGCCCAACACUCGGCGCGACGAGCACGACAUGGAGGACUUGGAUGACUUUUUUGCAGACGAGCCAUCGGGAAAACCACACCCAAAACAGCUGCAAAACAGAUUCCGUCAGCCACCUAAACAAACAAGCAUUACCAGCGUCGCGAGAACGCUUGACUUCUCCAAAUCUAACCAUCUUCUCCCCGUGUCGCAGUCAAGCUCCCACACUGAUUUGGCGCUAGUGAGCAAAACCUCUCCACUUCUUUCCCCACUCCCCUCGCGGCGGCAGCUGACACGCGAUCCUUCUUCAGAUGACAACUACCAAGAUUUUGACAUGGGCGCUGAUAACGAGAGCCAGCCGAUGGAAAUCGACUCUCCAGAGCCCAGGGCUUCUACGCAACAGGAACGGUCACACAAGCGGCUUUUACAGGACUUGGAGACACUUGGCGACGAUUCAUCGGAGGAUUCGUUGUUUGACGACGAGCGGCUGAGAUCUGGUUCGCCGCGGAAUCGGCAAUCCACAUCGCCAGAAGAAGUGUCACAGCCCGUUCGCGGAAGAAAUGGGCGGAAUCAGCGUUCAGUGGAGCCUUCGCAACCCGUCCGUGGUGGAAGAAGGGCCAAGAGGCCCACCAUUGUUGAAAGUGGUGAUGAACUUGAGAAUGUCGCUGAAACUGAGCAGGAGGAAAGCGAUUUGGUCGAGGUGGCCUCAAAAGCAAAGCCGUGGACCCGAAAUAACUACACAGGCCAUGUUAGACGAUCGACACGACGCCGUGUGGAGCCGCUAGCAUACUGGCGCAACGAGAAGAUUAUCUACACCGCAAACCUGAAGAACGGGAUCCACGUACAAGAGAUCCAGGACGUGAUCCACAUGCCCAGUAACCUGCAAAAACCGCGUGCAAAGCCAGGGCCGAAAAAGCGCAAGACACCCGUAUCUGUGCCCAGGGUGCGUGGCGUACCCGCGAUGGAAGGUGCCAGGUGGUACAAGGCGGGUCAAUUGGCGGCGGAGGUGUUUGAGGGUUAUGGCAGCGACAAAAAGGUCCAGCGGACAAUUGCCUGGGCUCCUAAUAAGGAACAGUAUGUGUCGUCAGUGGGGGACGAUAACGAUACCAGCGCGGAACGGUUCAAGUUGGCGAUUUUGUUUGACGAAAACCGUGACUUUGCGGCGUCCGGUAUUCUUACCAUCGCCGCGGGCUCAUUUAAAGGGCUUAAAUGCACGGAUGACACGUACAUGAUCUUCCACGUGGUCCAGGGCGUGGUGGAGGUGGAGAUCAGUCAGCAGACGUUUGUGGCUGGUGAGCGGUGUCUGUUCGAGGUGCCCAUGGGUAACUUUUACGCCUUGCGAAAUGUUGGCUCGGUAGACUUGAAGUUGUUUUUUGUACAGACCAAGUAUGUUGUGGCGGAGCCGGCAGAUGAGUGGUCUUGAUUGAGAUAAUGAUAGCACGAGAAGUUAGGCUCGGCCAAAAGGAACUAGAAUGGCGUAAUAAUUCAAUAUUAAUGAAG